GCACGCAGGUGGACGCCUUGGGAGAGGAGAUAACGCAGAAACGAGAUCCGCCGGGUGGACCGCGCGCACGGGCACGGGCGCGGCCAGCGCCACCUACUGAAAACAAAAAUGGUGGCGAGCACGAUGCCCUAUCCCUGCCCCGCUUUAAUGGCACGCCAAAUGUCUGCGUUCUCUAGGCUUCCUUCUACCAUGUAUUCCCCUACGACCGAUGUAUCUGAUUUCGCUGUGAACAGAGGGAAUCGCACCCCGGUGGUAGGCUCUGUUGCGCGUGCGAAAUAAGCGGGGGCCGCGUAUAACCAAAACAAAAGAUUGUCAGGCUUCUCAUAGACGGGUAAUGUCUGAUAGAGCAAACACGAUGAAGCUCGAAGCUGAGAUGGCUGAGCCCUUGCAUUUUCAAAGACUGGAGCGCAGUCUGAAUGUGCAGCCUUUCUUAAAGCAGGUCGACAAUCUUUUUCAAGAACAAGCUAGUGAGGAUGACAAGUCUGUCUCGUCGGAGUCUUCCGACAACUCGGAUGCUUAUCUCGAUAAUGUACCCACUCGCAAAGAAGAAGCGAAAAUCAACAAGUUAAGGCUAUACAACAUGUCCGAUGUAGGAGACGAAAGACGGUGGUUGCAAGAUAUCCUUCUAAGCGAUUCCUCCGACAGUUCCGCAUCGGGUUCUGACACGGAUAGCCAAAUCACGGAAGAAGAUUUUCAAGAUAUGCUGAAGAUUCAUAUAUUACGGAAAAAAUAUCAAGGUCGCUUUUACCAGAAACCAGAAAAUAUUCAAUAUCAAUAUUACAGCGCAGGCUUAUUAUCGAAUUACGAUAGAUUCUUAGAACAUCAAAAGCUGAUUGUGGGUAAUAAGAAGAAGAAAGAGAAGAAACCAGAUAAAAAAAUCAUGAAGAUUAAGAAGGAAAAGAUUAAUCGUCACUCUGCAUCUCAGGAGUAUCGUAAAGGAGAAUAUCCGGAGGGAGAAUGGGAUAAAUCAAUUCCCAAGGGGGAAGAGUUAGACGAAUCUGAAUUGGAAGCCAUAAUGCGUCAUCAGCCUCGAGGUAGAGGUAGAAAAAAGCAUAAUACCAAGAGUGUUGAGGUAAUGACGAUGAGACGAAGAAAAAUAUGGGUGAUGAUGUCGAAAAAAGAACUAGGAAAAGUACAAAGGGCCAAAACCAAUAACCAUAAAGAAAUGCUAAUAAGUUGUAAGAAAGUAGCGCAGCAUUGUAUGAAAUACUGGAGACAGAAAGCAAUGCAAUCGCAGAAAAACAUGAAAGAAACUAUCUGGCGGGCGAAACGCUUGACAAGAGAGAUGCAGUCUUAUUGGAAGCGUUAUGAUCGAGUCGAACGGGAAACCAGGAGAAGAUUAGAAAAAGAAGCUGAAGAGCAACGUAAAAUGGACGUAGAACUUAUCGAAGCAAAACGUCAGCAGAGGAAAUUAAAUUUCCUUAUUACUCAAACAGAAUUGUAUGCCCAUUUCAUGUCGCGAAAAAUAGAUAAGGCAUCAGCAGAGGAACAAUCGAGAAUCUUAAAUCAAUUGGACGAAGAAAAGAAUCCCAGACUUAUUGGUAUCGACGAUUAUGAUAGUGACACCAUGAAACAUAAGGCAAAAAGAAACGCGACUGAAGCAUUUAACAAUGAAAAGGCCAGAACCAAGCAAUUUGAUACAGCUGCCGCAUCUCAAGAGUUACGUCUCAGCGAUACACCUGAGAACCUGGAGCAUCCGCAACCUUCAAUUUUCAAGGGAAAUCUGAAAGGUUAUCAAUUAAAAGGAAUGAAUUGGUUGGCAAAUUUGUAUGAUCAGGGUAUUAGCGGAAUACUAGCUGAUGAGAUGGGCCUGGGAAAAACUGUACAAUCCAUAGCAUUUUUAUGUCAUGUGGCCGAAAGAUAUUCUGUUUGGGGACCAUUCUUAAUUAUAUCGCCAGCUUCAACAUUGCAUAACUGGCAGCAGGAAAUGGCGAGAUUUGUACCAGUAUUCAAAGUAGUUCCAUAUUGGGGUAAUCCUCAAGAACGCAAGAUACUCAGACAAUUUUGGGAUACUAAAGAUUUGCACACAAAAGAAGCUUCUUUCCAUGUUGUAAUAACAAGUUAUCAGUUAGUAAUCACGGAUUAUAAAUAUUUUAAUAGAAUAAAAUGGCAAUAUAUGAUCUUGGAUGAAGCACAAGCUAUAAAAAGCACAAGCAGUAUGAGAUGGAAAUUGUUAUUGGGAUUUAGUUGUCGUAAUAGAUUAUUGCUCAGUGGUACUCCUAUACAAAAUAGUAUGGCAGAAUUAUGGGCAUUAUUACAUUUCAUUAUGCCUACAUUGUUUGAUUCGCACGAUGAAUUUAACGAGUGGUUCUCCAAAGAUAUCGAAAGCCACGCGGAGAAUAAAACUGGAAUAGAUGAAAAACACUUAUCGAGACUUCACAUGAUCUUGAAGCCUUUCAUGUUACGAAGAAUAAAGAAAGACGUGGAAAAUGAAUUAUCUGAUAAGAUUGAAGUGAUGGUGUAUUGUCCACUCACGACUCGACAAAAACUACUCUACUCAGCGUUGAAGAAAAAAAUUCGGAUAGAGGAUUUGCUGCAUUAUACAGUGGGUGGAGGAGACACUGCGUCUAACGAUAAAAACUUUACUUCCAAUCUAAUGAAUCUAGUCAUGCAGUUCCGAAAGGUCUGCAAUCAUCCAGAACUGUUCGAACGUAGGGACGCUAGAUCACCGUUUUUCAUAAAUACGGAAUGUUAUAAUAUGCCUGCUUUGCUGUACAAUGAAGGACUUUUACAUCUAACAUUACCAUCCAAAGAUCAUUUGUUGUACAAUAGGUUGUUUAUAUUUGCCGCAGAAUAUAUUCACCGCACUCUUCAUUGCAACGAAGAUUUGCACGAAAAUACAUUUUCAUUUAGUAGAUUUAUCAAUCUCUCACCGAUGGAAAUAAACAAAAUGUUUACCGCUGGUACCCUAUUCAGAUUAUGUUUAAUAACGCUCAUGGAAAGAAGAUUAAGAAUGGUACAAUACUGGGAAAAUUGGCACACCGAUAGCAAAUCGAGGACACCUACAAACCAGAUGUUUUAUUUGCCUAAAAAAUUUGACGUUUUAUCAACAACGUUGCAAGAUCUAUUUUUCACCAGCAAGAUAAUCGAGGGCGAGUCUUUCUACACACAUACCAGUCAUACGAUACAUUCGAUGCCGGAAACUGUUGCCCACAGAAUACUACGUAGUAGUAAAAAAGCUAAUCAGCUAUUAAAAUUACAAAGGAUAUUACCGACUGGUAAAAUUGAACAAACGGAAGAUUCAAAAUUAGCCCUGCUUCCUGAACAUCCUCAUCAUCCGCGGCAGCCUAUAAUGCGAUACUGCCAACAAACAACGAUUCCUGCCUUUGUUUGCGAUAAUAAUCCCAAGGUUCAAGCUAAUCCGCGAAAGUUAUAUGUCAGUAAUAGUUCUGCAGCAUGUGCUUGGAAAAGGCACGAAGAAUGUGGUGGUCUAUUUGGCCAAAGAUUACUUUGGCUCGGUUGCGAACGAGCACUUUCUGAAGAAAAGUCGGGCAUUCAUGCCGGCCAAACAAUGUCAGCAUUUUGCUAUCAGCCACAGGGUGGAUUAUCCGCGUGUGCCCCUAUUAAUGGAUGGUCGCAUAUCAUUGUACCAGAUAAGCAAACGUUAGUGACAGACGCUGGCAAACUUUCUGUGCUGGACAGUCUUUUACGGCGUCUGAAAGAACAAGGUCAUAGAGUGCUGAUCUAUUCGCAAAUGACAAAAAUGAUCGACUUGCUAGAGGAAUAUAUGUAUCAUAGGAAACAUACAUUUAUGAGAUUAGAUGGUUCGUCAAAAAUCUCAGAUCGUCGUGACAUGGUGGCAGAUUUUCAAAAAAGAGCGGACAUAUUCGUCUUUCUGCUCAGUACUAGAGCUGGCGGCCUGGGAAUCAACCUCACCGCAGCAGACACGGUGAUAUUUUAUGAUAGUGAUUGGAACCCUACUGUAGACCAACAAGCUAUGGAUCGCGCCCACAGACUGGGGCAGACCAAGCAAGUCACGGUCUACCGAUUAAUAUGUAAAGGAACUAUCGAAGAACGAAUUUUGCAGAGAGCGCGCGAAAAGAGCGAGAUUCAACGUAUGGUCAUAAGCGGUGGAAAUUUCAAGCCCGACACUUUGAAACCCAAAGAAGUCGUUUCAUUACUAUUGGACGAUGAAGAAAUCGAAGCGAAAUACAGCCAACGAAGCGAGGAGAGAAAGCAGCAGCGAGCGGAGGAGGCUCGCCUCGAGUCGAACCUACAGCACAAGGAGAGGGACCGGAAGAGGAAGUUAACCGCGCUUCCGGUCAAGAACGAUACGAAGAAAUCGUGUCAGGCGGAUGCUAAUGGAGACAAAAACAACGAUACCGUUUACGUUAAUGAGCCUAAACCAGCCACCAAUCCGAUUCAGUCACAGCACCAGAACAAUCACCAUCAACAACAGUUAGAAAAUAUAGAUAAUUAUAGCACACCGACUAGCCCGGCCAAGUCAGAAGAUGAAACGAGUAACGAGGGACUCGUGGUCGAUGUGGAUGGUCCGGUGGUGGUUUCCGGUAGCGAUUCUCAUGGACAGUCUCGGGGCAGUAUUCACCAGUUCGGAGAACCUCCACCUAAGAUCGCCCGCCUUGGACAUCAUUUCACCUUCGGCGUGGGUGCAAACGCGCGAAUGCGACAAUCUGUACGCGGCGCAAGCAAACGCGGCCGACCGCGAGGUUCCCGUAGAGGUGGGCCAAUUGGCGGUAAAGGAAGAGGGCUGCUUUUGGUGCAUCCGUCGUCAAAGGUUUCAAACAUGGCCAGCGAGUCGUCGUCGACAGCGAUGCCGUCGGUCGACGGAGGUGGAUGCUCGAACGAGGUGUUGCGGCACUGGACUCCGGCGACUUCCGACCCGGCGGACGGAGACGGCCCCAGCACGGUGGGUCCACUUGGUCCAGUGGGCACUUUGAUACCUUUAUCGGGACGCAGUGGUAACGCGGGGAUUCGUAGAGGUCCUGGUAGACCACGAUUACGGCCGACUGGUCCCGCGCAUCAAGGCUAUCGCACUCCCGGUCAUCAUCAUGGCAAAAAGAUCCAGCGUCCGCUUCCAGUACCUAUCAGGUCCCAUCAAACGGUCGCGGGUGUCGGUCAGCAGAAAGUGUCUUCGUCGUCGUCGUCGUCGCAGAAGCGUCCCGGCAUUUCGAUGACCGGCGCGUCGUCGUCAUCUUCAGUUCCGAUGACAACUGCAAAUUCAACGUCACUGUUAUCGUCGUCGUCGUCCUCAUCGUCCUCGUUGGCGGAAUCGCGACCUUUCGGAUUCUACACGCAGCAACAGCCACGCGCAGGAUCAUCGUAGUUUCGCGAAAAAGUGAGUGGAAAAAAAAAGGAAAAAGUGAGUGACUUGGGUUGAAAUGGUUCCUGAUGUCUCACUCAAAGACGCUCAACCUCACGGUGUCGGUGAAAUAUCUCUGUGCUUUUUCUUUCCGCCAGGUACCGAAAUUUCUACAACAGAGUAAUCUUAAUUAGAUUAAUAGGGCAGUGAAAACACAUUUUCGUAGCUCACGGUUUAUUUCUCGAAAUUUCAGACUUGAUUAAAAUACCGCAUAUUGUAUCUCGUGAGAAUUUAACUUUCGCCAGGGAUGUUUCUGUACGCGUGACUCGAGCGUGCAGUUCUGAUAAGCGUUAGAUCCCGCUCUCUCCCCUUUGUCUCAAUUAUAAUUCCACUGCUAAAUUAUAAUUAUAUGCGAAAAAGAGGCAGCGAUUGACAAUAUCUAGGCACUGUUACGGUUACGAAUAUAUUGCACAAUUAUAUUUAUUUAUAAGAAAUACGGCGGGACUCAUCGUCGAACGUUAGUAAAAACUCGUCGACGUCAGUUAGGUACUUAAUUUGAUGCUUGCCUUUGAAUCCCUUCCUCGGAUUCGUUUCCUCAGUUUUACAGCAAUUUGGAUCGUGCUCUUCGAUGAAACGCGCAAGAACGAAAUUCUUGCGGGACACUUAUCCGCUGCGGGAGUGAAAGGGGUCGAUUCUUUUUGUUAUUAAUCAGUCGAUCCGAUUCUACGUAUGUGGUACAAGUGUAGCUCUCGUUUUUAACUCUAAGUGUACAAUUAGAUAGUCGACACGGCGUGUCGUCGCGCGCACGUUGGCGCCGAAUUCUGACGAAGAUCAUCGACAGAUCAGAUCUCCGGCGUAUACGACGAAAAAGGGGACGGGGAGGUAUUUUGGAUUUGCCCCCUCCGGUUCUAUCUGUCGAUCGCUCUCUCGGCGUCUUUGUACAUUGUUCAUUAACGAUAGCAUUAUUCCGUCACUAGACUCGGCUAGCCGAUAUUUUUUAUGCAUGUUACGAGACGUCGUUAGGCCAAUUCAAUUUGUAAAAGAAUAGUAUUUAUAUUAGCAAUAAACAGAUAAAAAUUUCACCUUCACGAA